AGAGCUUCCAUUUGCACAGAUCGAUCGCGAGAGUCGAUACGCGGAAAAGUUCGCCCGGAAUUUGGACCGUCGACCGAGUUUUCACGGCAGAUAAACGCAGAAGAAUAUUCGCUUGUCAUCAUGAUGGGAUCGACGAUUUUCGUACUCUUCGCAUCGCUUGGACUCGCGUUGGCCAGACCAUCCCUCCUCGGGCUUCCAUCGCUGGCUUACACGAGUUUACCAUCCGGAGGAGCCCCCGUUGGUCCUGACGGAAGAGUGGUCGACACCCCGGAAGUGGCCAUCGCUAAAAUCCAACACGCCGCCGCUCAGCUCAACGAACGCUCGCACCUCGCCAACGCUGCCACGAGAUCCGGCGACUUGGCCGGCCUCCUGGUCUCUCAAUCCGGUCUUCUCAGAGCCCUCGCAUCGCCCGAUCUCGGAGGGGCUAGUCUCGCCCUCGCUUCCCUCGUUUCUGACAGCCCCGACGGCGCACCCGUUGGAUCCGACGGACGCGUCGUCGAUACUCCUGCUGUCGCUCAUGCCAAGGCUCAACACGCUGUCGCCCACCUCCACGAAAAGUUGAACCUCUCCAACGAAGCUGCCAGAAAUUCUGGACUGAUUUCAAUCUCCGCGCCAUCCGCACUCGCUCUGCGUUUGUAAACAUUAUUUACUUUUGUUCCUUCGAGCUCUUUAUUUCGCUACGAUCGAUGUCUCCCUUCACGAAAGAUUCUACUUCAUAAAUGUAACGUGUUAUAUGCUACCGUCUUCGACUCUCUUCUGUUCUUUGUCUUUUCACCUAAUCUCGUAUUCUUGUACGAAACAUGAAAGCAUGAAGCAAUAAACCAAUGAUACCAGGAA